CCUUGCACAAUCCUGGUCGAUCGGAACAUAAGGGUGUGAUGUGCGGGUUUUGGAGCGGCUUAGGGUUUUAGUCGGACCGAAGCCUCAGACCGCAGACGACGAUGGCGAGGUCGUCUGCCACCCGCCUCCUCUCCACCCUCCGCCGGGGGCACAAGAAUUCUCUCUCCCCACUCCACCCCCUCGCCGUCCUCAUCCUUGACGGCGCCCCUCUCGGCAGCCGGCGGGGGCUGGCAACGUCAAGCGCGGCGCGGGUCAAGGAGGAGAAGGAGGCAUGGUGGAAGGAGGCGAUGGAGAGGAUGAGGAACAUCGGGAUCUCGGCCCACAUCGACUCCGGGAAGACGACCCUCACCGAGAGGAUCCUCUACUACACGGGGAGGAUCCACGAGAUCCACGAAGUCCGCGGGAGGGACGGAGUCGGCGCCAAGAUGGAUUCCAUGGAUCUCGAGAGGGAAAAGGGAAUCACCAUCCAGUCCGCCGCCACCUACUGCAAAUGGAAUGAUUACCAGAUUAAUAUAAUUGACACUCCAGGACAUGUGGAUUUCACCAUUGAAGUUGAGAGAGCUCUGCGAGUUCUUGAUGGAGCUAUUCUUGUUCUUUGUAGUGUUGGAGGUGUACAGAGCCAGUCAAUUACUGUUGAUCGUCAGAUGAGGAGAUAUGAAGUUCCAAGACUUGCAUUCAUUAACAAGUUAGAUCGAAUGGGAGCAGAUCCUUGGAAGGUUCUUAAUCAGGCAAGAUCUAAGCUUCGGCAUCACAGUGCAGCUGUACAAGUUCCUAUCGGGUUGGAAGAGGAAUUUCAAGGCCUCGUGGAUCUUGUUGAAUUGAAAGCUUAUUACUUCCAUGGUGCCAAUGGUGAGAAAGUUGUCACAGAAGAUAUACCUCCCAAGUUGGAAGCACUAGUCACUGAAAAGAGGCGUGAACUAAUUGAAGUUGUUUCUGAAGUGGAUGAUAAGCUUGCUGAAGCUUUUCUUAAUGAUGAACCAAUAUCAUCCAGUGACCUCAAGAUGGCAAUCCGCAGGGCUACAACAGCACGCAAAUUUGUACCCUUUUUUAUGGGAAGUGCAUUCAAAAAUAAGGGGGUACAACCUCUUCUUGAUGGAGUACUUAACUAUUUGCCCUGUCCCACUGAGGUUGAAAACUAUGCCCUAGACCAAAACAAGUCGGAAGAGAAGGUUUUAUUACCUGGCACUCCGGUUGGGCCAUUUGUUGCUUUAGCUUUCAAAUUGGAAGAAGGGCGUUUUGGUCAGUUGACUUAUUUAAGAAUCUAUGAAGGUGUUAUACGGAAGGGAGACUUUAUGAUCAAUGUGAACACAGGAAAGAAGAUUAAAGUUCCUCGUUUAGUUCGGAUGCAUGCUGAUGAGAUGGAGGAUAUCCAAGAAGCUCAUGCUGGGCAGAUUGCUGCAGUAUUUGGUGUAGAUUGUGCAUCAGGUGACACCUUCACAGAUGGGUCAGUCAGAUACACUAUGACUUCUAUGAAUGUUCCUGAGCCAGUGAUGUCACUGGCUGUGUCACCCGUAUCCAAAGAUUCUGGAGGACAAUUUUCAAAAGCUUUAAAUCGUUUUCAGAAAGAGGAUCCAACUUUUCGUGUUGGUUUGGAUGUUGAGAGUGGGCAGACAAUUAUUUCUGGGAUGGGAGAGCUGCAUUUGGACAUUUAUGUUGAGCGCAUCCGAAGGGAGUAUAAGGUUGAUGCAAAAGUUGGAAAACCUCGUGUUAACUUUAGGGAGACUGUCACUCAGCGUGCUGAGUUUGAUUAUUUGCAUAAAAAACAAUCAGGAGGUCAAGGUCAAUAUGGACGGGUUUGUGGAUAUAUUGAACCUCUUCCAAUGGAUUCACCUGCAAAGUUUGAAUUUGAGAAUAUGGUCAUAGGGCAAGCAAUCCCUUCAAACUUUAUCCCUGCAAUUGAGAAAGGUUUCAAAGAAGCUAGCAACUCGGGUUCAUUGAUAGGGCAUCCUGUUGAAUAUGUUAGAGUAGUCCUCACAGAUGGGGCAUCGCAUGCUGUGGAUUCUAGUGAGCUUGCCUUUAAGUUGGCAGCAAUUUAUGCAUUCAGACAGUGUUAUGCUGCUGCCAAGCCUGUCAUACUGGAACCGGUGAUGAAGGUGGAACUGAAAGCACCAACAGAGUUCCAGGGUACAGUUACUGGUGACAUUAAUAAGAGGAAAGGUAUGAUUGUUGGAAAUGACCAGGAGGGUGAUGAUACCGUGGUCGUUGCUCAUGUACCACUCAACAAUAUGUUUGGGUACUCAACAGCACUUCGCUCCAUGACGCAGGGCAAGGGUGAAUUCACCAUGGAAUACCUAGAGCACUCACCUGUCUCUCAAGAUGUACAGAUGCAACUUGUGAACACUUAUAAGGCCACCAAGGGUACAGAAUGAGCCAUUUUUUUCUGGAUAAUAAGAUUGCCUGUUUUUUAACGGUGGAUUUUGAUAGUCUCCACUUGAGCCACAUGCAAUGUUCUAUUUCUGAUUUAUUUUAAGUUUUGGAAUGCGGUAAAAUAUUUAUUCUUUCCUGUGGGGGAUCUGCCACCAUGCUGAUGGUAGAAUCCUCUUAUGAACAGGUAAAUAUAAGCCAGGGUUCCCACUUAUUAAGUAAACUUGUUGCAAUAAGUGGGAACCCUUCUUGUCAUAGUGUUUUUUUUGUCUGUGUUUCUUGUAGAACAGGUACGGACAUGAAUUAAAUGUUUGUUUUCAUGAGAUGCUGUCAUCAGGAAAUCAUUAAUGACAUCUUGUAUUCUCCUUUGGAGUUCUGUGUCUCUUA